AUGUACGACACUAUUAUUGUGACAGAGAGAUUUCACAUUGAUUUGAUUUAUUCUCACUUAGAGGGCCAAGCUAAGGAAGAAAUAAAAUUCCGGCCAGAAAUUCGACAGGAUCCGUAUGCCACAUUAGACUGUCUCCGAUCGGCAUUUGGCAACCCAGAAUCUGUAACCUUACUACAACAGAAUUUUUUUGAAAGAAAUCAGCAAGAUUCAGAAACAAUCAGACACUUCUCGUAUGCAUUAUUAGAUUUAUACCAAAUAGUGCUCAGAAAGGAUAGUAGUGUAUUUCCAAAGAAACAACUUACUUUGUGUGAAAAAUUUGCGAAUGGUUUAAGGGAUUCAUUUCUGAGAAAGGAAGCAAAGAGACUACUGCGUAACAACCCUACAGAGUUUCACACGUUCAGAGAUGAAAUCAUAUUAUUCAGUGAAGAAGAGGAAAUGACAGUUAAUAGAACAACUACUCAAGAAAACAAGCCAAACACGAUCGAGGAUCAACAGAAUGUAAAUACCCAUACACCUGAUUCGCCUAACAUGGAACAGUUAUACAAAAUCAUCGAAGCGCAACAAAAGCAAAUAGAUUCCCUCACCACUAUGAUCAGAGAUCGCGGAGCCGGUCAACAAACAAAAGAAAGCCGGAACUAUUCUCGUUCCCCACCUGUGUGUUACGAGUGUGGUAAAAUUGGCCAUAUCAAGAGAAAUUGCAGAUCUAAACUCCGUGAAACAGCAAUCAAAACGUCGGAAAACAUAUAACAUCUAUUAAAAAG